AUGAUCAUAUCUCGUUGUUGUCCUUUGCUCAUUGGCCAUCAAUAUGAACAUGUUGACAACUAUGCUGGAUUCUCUGAUAAUCAUACCCGGUUUGCUGGUCAUGAGGAGGAAAUUGAUCGGAAGUUAAUGGAAGCCUUCUUCUUCAGGGAUGCUCUUCCACAUCACAAAUUGGCUGACAUUAUAUCUGGGGGAAGAAAUACAUUUUAG